AGUAUAGCUUCUUUACGGACGCCUGUAAGUGUCAAGCUUUAGCUCGGAACCUGUUCCUAGUGUUCAGGCUGUACUAGUCGAUCGCGGAGCUGUUCGGUGCCCUUACGAAACAGCUACCCCGUGCGAAGUGUACAGGGCAAAAUGAGGCUCCUGGGGCUGAGGAGGGGGACAGAACUGCUGCGGCUCUCUGGGGUGGCCGAGUACCAUACAUCGUACAGAGUGUUGGGCGGGUUAUCAGAUGAAAAAAAGGACCUCAUUCACAAUGGACCAGACUUACAAGAUUUUAUAUCUGGGGAUCUGACGGAUAAAAAUGUAUGGUCAGACUAUAAAGGCAACCUGAAGCGUGAGAAGGGCGAGAGAUUAAGGCUCCCCCCUUGGGCAAAGACUGAAAUUCCGAUGGGAAAAAAUUAUAAUAAACUGAAAAACACAUUAAGAAGCCUGAAUCUUCACACUGUAUGUGAAGAAGCCCGAUGUCCCAACAUUGGAGAGUGCUGGGGUGGUGGUGAAUAUGGAACUGCUACUGCAACUAUCAUGUUAAUGGGAGACACUUGUACCAGGGGCUGCCGCUUCUGUUCAGUGAAAACCGCUAAAAAGCCUCCACCUCUUGAUCCUGAUGAGCCGUACAAUACAGCUAAAGCCAUAGCGGAUUGGGGACUGGACUACGUGGUCCUCACGUCUGUGGACAGAGAUGAUCUCCCAGACGGAGGAGCUGAACAUAUUGCGAGAACAGUGUCUCUUUUGAAAGAGAGGAAUUCCAAAAUCCUUAUUGAAUGUCUAACGCCAGAUUUCCGUGGUGAUAAGAAAGCUGUAGAAACCAUCAUCCAUUCCAGACUUGACGUUUAUGCCCAUAAUGUGGAGACUGUUCCAGCUCUGCAAAGGCAAGUCCGUGACCCUCGUGCAAACUUUGAGCAAUCUAUUAGUGUCCUAAAACAUGCUAAAUAUGUGCGGCCGGACAUUGUCACUAAAACAUCCAUCAUGCUGGGUUUAGGAGAGUCGGAUGAACAAGUCUAUGACACCAUGACAGCCUUACGUGAAGCAGAAGUCGACUGUCUGACCCUUGGACAGUACAUGCAGCCAACAAAGCGUCAUCUUAAGGUUGAAGAAUAUGUCGCACCUGAAAAGUUUAAGCACUGGGAGAAAAUGGGCAACGAGCUAGGAUUCCUGUACACAGCCAGUGGUCCUCUGGUCCGAUCAUCUUACAAAGCCGGUGAAUUCUUCUUGAAGAAUCUGGUGGAGAAGAAGAAAAGAAAGGCCAUAUAAAGAAGAGCAUGGCAGUGUAGAAAAUGCAAUGAGGAGGAAAACCACAGGUGGAGCCGCACGUUUGAAAACUGGAGUCGUCGCUGCCAUCAACCAGUCAGGUCAAAUCUACUGCUUUGCAAGAUGCGCUGGAACACAGAAAUGCGGACUAUGACCGAAUGCCUCAGCGGCUGCUCUGUCUGCACUCAACAUUUCUAGCUUCUAUCCAACUUCAGUCUCCAUCUACAAUUCUAUCUUUUGGGCUGAAAAUCUAUCAUUUCAGUGAGGUCAUCUACUGUACAGACCGAUUCCCCUUUCCAACCCACUUGAGGUAUUGGAUUCCAUCAUUUUGUAUUUUAAUUUCCUUGCAUAUAUUUAAGAACAUUCACCACAGAUAUUCUUGACUAUUUAAUAAACUUUGAUCCCUUUAAUAAUU